AUGAAAGAGGAGCCAGAGGAACAUGGCAUCAAACAGGAGGAAGAUGAGCUGCAAAUAGCUGUGAGUGUGAAAACAGAAGUCCAAGAAAGUCCUCAGACUAAAGAGGAUUCAGAGGAACAGUGGAUCAAACGGGAAGAGGAGCAACUUACUGUCCGUCGGACAAGUAACGUCUCUUGUGUCUUAACACAAAGACGUGAGCACAGAGCGAAAACACAGGGAGAGGAGAUGAGCUCGGAGAUGGAGGGAGACACUGAGCACUCCUCUGACGAUGAGGACGAAGAAGAGGCACAUCUUCAUCAUCCUCAGCCUCUGUCUUCAGGCACAGAUGAAGGGGACGAUCAUCAACGAAGUGAGGAGAACUGCACACCCGAGUAUGCGACAGAUGCAGAGAGCGACAGAUUCUCAACUCUUCCAAAUAUUUAA